CAUCAUCCAACCAACCAACCAUAGUUUUCUGACAGGAUAAAAUGAGCGGAUCAUAAACACCUACAUUCACACACAGAAGGAUAUAUGGAUGUACCCUUCCUUAACAGCGUUGUUGGAUUGUAAAUGGAAUUUGGCGCGCUCCAUUCAGUCAGAAUAGUACCAAAGGAAAGCGCGCACACUCGCAUAAAAUUAUUCGAGAAGGCAAGCUGUUCGUGAGGAUGAUCACUACCUAUCCACCCUUAAAAUUGAUAUGCUCUGUUGUAAAACGUACAUAUUGCAUGCAAGUAAACAAGCGGCUGCCCAAGGGUAGCAUUUGUAAUUCUGCAUGCGUGCUAGUUUGAGAUACCUUCGUAAUGGAAACGUUUUGCCAGUACCUAACAGAACGACGCGGAGCACAGUUGUCUUGCAAAAUUUUGAUAAAUAUUCUGGUUUGAAUUUUUCUGUUUGUGUUAACUGGAUUCUUUGAUCUCACUUUAUAAUAUUAAUUCCAAAAGGAUUUUCGAGUAAAAAUGGAGCCAAAAAUUGUAUCGUCACAAAUUCUUGUAAAACCUCAACAAAGAUUCCCCCCAAAAAUUAUAAGCGGGUCUUCUCAAAACUUUCAGUCCACGCCGGAGCCAGGAGAAAGACAUGAGCGUCCUCUUAUGGUAAAUGCCUGGACGCAAACAGUUGGGAACGAUUUCACAUUCUUGCAUGAACUUGAAACAAAAGAUCAAACAUCGAAACGAGAAUUAGAACUAAUGGAAAAGGUUAGAGUGUUGGAGGAAAAUCUGAAAGCCCACACCGAAUUGCUCUCUCAAAUACAUGCCACAUCAGCAAUGACUUCAGCUUUAUUGGGCCAACCACAGCAACUACAAGUUCAGAUAAAGCCAACCGUGCAAUUGCAGACUACUAAACCUCACCAUGACACACAAAUGAAUAACAAGGCAUCGAAUUCAAACCCGCAAAACAGGAGCAAUCACAAUUCUCCCACUAGUUCGGUAAUAAAUCCCUUGCAUUCCACAGGAUCUGCUCCAACGGAAAGUGUAAAAUACACCAUAAUAGCUGAAGGGACAGGUGACGCUCAUGGAGAACCUAUUGAAAUACAAUUAGCCGAAGAUGAUGGGGCUCUGAAUCUAAACAGCUCUGCCGAUUCUGGGCGACUGGAAAUUUGUCUGGCACCAGAAGAAGUGGAAAUCAAAACGGAAUCUGUGUCAAUGCCUUCCAGCUCAUCUACACUAUCGCAAAGUAACUCGACAGCGUCUUUGGCUUCAACGGAACAUAAUUUCAUAAAAAGGAGAAAAUUAGAAACAUAUCAGAAUGAGGUGCGAGUGGACAAUGCAAAUUAUUACUUUAACGAACAGGGAGUUUUAACCCAGACUCCAAAUGCAAAUGGUAGUGGUUUCAAUCAGCAAUCUCAACAAAAACGGCGCAGCAAUAACAGUCUUCUGAAAGAAAUUAGGACUGAAAAUUAUAAAGGAAGUGCACAAUUAUCAAAUACACCAUCACCAUUGAUGAAUACAUCUACAAUUAAUAAUGGCAUCUUAAAUAGAGGAAGUAUGGAUAAUAAAAUAGAUACGGAUUUGGUUAUGGUCUCCAUUGGUCCCAACAAUACCCGAAUUCCCGCAAAAACUUAUGAGGGAAUGAACUGGAAUUCCGCAUCGAUUGCAACCCGAAAGUUGCUCAUGGCAAUAUUCGAUAGAAAAACCUUGGCUACACAUUCAAUGACGGGCAAGCCAUCGCCUGCCUUUAAAGAUCAUGGAAAACCCUUAAAGCAAAUGUUAGAUCCAAUGGUUAUACAGGAUAUCAUAUUUGCUGUAACACGCAAAUGCAAUGUGUCCGAAAAAGAAGUUCGGAAUGCUAUUACAACAAAGUGCGCCGACGAAAAUAAAAUGAUGAAGCUUCAAAUGAACAAGCGAACUCCCAUGAGAGAAAUUAACAAAGAAAAUAUUGUUUUUAAAUCAGAGUCUUAAAUACAUACAUAUAUGCGACAGGAAAAUUAUGUACAAUUUUAAACUUAAUUUAAGUAUUAAAUAUCCCAAGGAUUAUUACGUACUUAGUAUAAUUUUGAUAGCCAUAGAUAUUAACAAGCCCAGCACUAAAGUACAAAUUUUUUCGCUAUCCUUUCCUAGAGGUUCACAUAAGCGUGUAUAUAUGUUUUAUUGUUACUUAUCGCAGACUUUGCAUAUUGGUUAGUAUGAACUAUAGCUGCAACAAAUUAUUGAUUAAGAUGUAAAUACUAUUUAUUAAUAUAUUAAGAUAUGUACGACAUUUCAAAAGCUAAACCUAAGAUUAUACCAAACCAAAUAUUAAAAAGUUUGUCUACACUUCAUACAUAGGUAUGUUUCGAGUAUUUACUACUAAUGGUAGGUACGUAUGUAUGUCUAUAUGUUAUUAAUAUUUAAUACCACAAAUGGGAUUGUUUCAAAAGUUUUAAAUACUAGGUAGGUGUUAUUAUCUACUGCGGAAUUAAUGCCUCGGCAGAAAUAAAAUUAACUUUAUUUUUUUAUGUAACUUAA